AUGGUGCACGAGGAGCCCUCCGCCGCAUUAGACCACACACAAGGACAAGAAGCUUUGAAGGAUGUGGUAUGCGGAUCGGUAGCUGGCGUUGUGGGUAAAUACAUUGAGUACCCCUUCGAUACCGUCAAGGUCCGACUGCAAUCGCAGCCAAACCGCCUACCUCUGAAAUAUACCGGACCGAUAGACUGCUUCAAGAAGUCGCUAAAGCAGGAUGGCUUUGUCGGCAUUUACAGAGGCAUAAGUGCUCCUUUGGUUGGGGCUGCGGUAGAGACCAGCUGCCUCUUCUUCAGCUACCGUCUAGCUGGAGACGCGCUCAGAACUUCUGGGUUCUAUCCGGAGCUCAAAGGCCAUCCCGAGAAGGAUCUACCAUAUGCUGGAACGCUCUACUGCGGCAUGGCUGCCGGUGCCAUUACCUCGGUCUUCCUCACACCCAUUGAACUGGUCAAAUGCAAGAUGCAAGUCCCUCUAGAAACCCCCAGUGCUACAGUUGCAAGACCUGGGAUACUCAGCGUAAUUGCUUCCAUCUACCGCCACCAGGGGCUUAUGGGCUAUUGGCACGGUCAGUUCGGUACUCUCAUCCGCGAAACAGGUGGCGGUGCCGCAUGGUUUGGUGGAUACGAGGGCACGAAGAUGCUUUUCAAGAGAGCAUCCGCUGUACCUGAUGACGAUAUGCCCAUCUGGCAGCGCAUGGCAUCUGGAUCCAUUGCCGGCAUGUUGUACAACUUCGCCUUUUACCCUGCGGACACAGUCAAGUCGAGGAUGCAAACUGAGGACGUCAAGCAGUUGACCGGGCAGAAGUCGACGUUCAGCGCGGUAUGGAAGGCGCACUGGAAGCAGCACGGCCUGAAAGGAAUGUAUCGCGGGUGCGGUAUUACCGUCGCAAGGUCGAUUCCUAGUUCCGCGUUCAUCUUUACGGUGUAUGAGGAGCUGAAGUUGAGGUGGCCUGCGCCAAGAGGACAGGAUCUAUGA